AUGAUGGCCGGGGGAGCAUGGAGCGGUUGGUUACAGCGGUGUCGAGAAUCCCGGAAACUCGUCCUCGUUAUCGUAGCCAUUGCGCUUCUUCUAGACAACAUGUUGCUUACUACUGUAGUGCCAAUAAUUCCGGAAUUUCUUUACGACAUCAAACACCCGAAUAAUACACUAAGUCAGCACUUAGACGGGCCUCAUUAUACAACUCGACCAAUGACAAUUGCCAGCAUCAUAAGCACACCCAUCCCUCCAACUAAAUGUACCUGUCCCCAAGUGAAUGCUUCAAAUAAUGGACAACUUGAAUUUCUUCAAGCAACUACCGGCGCUCCGGUUUCUAUUGUUAAUGGUUCUACUGUCAUGGUGCCGAUAAACAUAACUUCCUUAGAAGAUCUAGAGAAAUCUCAGAGACACAAAGAGUUAUUAGAGGAAACAGUGGCCGUGGGGAUAAUGUUCGCUUCUAAAGCUUUUGUUCAGUUACUUGCCAAUCCUAUAGUAGGACCUCUAACUCACAAAAUCGGAUACAGUGUUCCAAUGUUCGCUGGAUUUGUCAUAAUGUUCGUCUCAACUUUGAUAUUCGCAUUUGGUAGAAGCUAUAGUGUACUUUUCAUAGCUCGGGCUUUACAGGGUAUUGGUUCCUCUUGCUCAACUGUUUCUGGCAUGGGAAUGUUGGCCGAGAGAUACCAAGAUGAUAAAGAACGGGGCAAUGCAAUGGGUAUUGCACUUGGAGGAUUAGCUCUGGGAGUGCUAAUUGGUCCUCCGUUUGGGGGAUUGAUGUACGAGUUUGUCGGCAAAUCAGCGCCGUUCCUCGCAUUAUCGGUGCUGGCCCUAGGUGACGGACUGCUCCAGUUGCUGAUGCUCCAACCAACGGUUGUCUACACGGAAACUGCUUCUCCAUCAUUGAAAGCUCUGGUAACGGAUCCUUACAUCAUUGUUGCAGCAGGGGCCAUCACAUUUGCAAAUAUGGGAAUCGCAAUGCUAGAACCGAGCUUACCAAUCUGGAUGAUGGACACAAUGGGUGCUAGUAGAUGGAAACAAGGUGCUACAUUUCUUCCGGCUAGUAUCAGCUACCUCAUAGGCACAAAUCUGUUCGGACCGCUUGGUCAUCGAAUGGGAAGAUGGCUUGCGUCUUUGGUUGGGUUAAUUGUUAUAGGUUUUUGUCUGAUGUGUAUACCUCUGGCGACGAACAUCAACCACUUGAUUAUGCCAAAUGCCGGGCUAGGAUUUGCAAUUGGUAUGGUUGACAGCUCUAUGAUGCCAGAGUUAGGAUAUCUUGUUGAUAUAAGACACACGGCUGUUUACGGCAGCGUCUAUGCCAUUGGAGAUGUUGCAUUUUGCUUGGGUUAUGUUGUUGGUCCUGCUUUGAGUGGAACGUUAGUUAACACUAUUGGUUUUGAAUGGAUGCUCUUUGGAACCGCAAUGUUGUGCUUUAUGUACGCUCCGCUGAUGUAUUUUUUGAAAUCUCCGCCAACCAAAGAAGAAAAAAAGUCUCUGAUCAUUGGUGAAAAAUCAUCAGUUCGAUAUGUGUCUUAUGAAAACGAAGAAGAAGAAUAA